AUGGUAGCCAAACCGCCAGCACGAUCACAAGCAUCAGGUAGUCGCGCUUCCACACCUCAACAAUCCCCAUCGCCCACUGAGAUAAUCGACAAGCCGUAUCGCCCCGAAUUGAUGUUUACAAGCUUCUCUGCUCAGCCAUCUGUUGUUACAAAGUACGUAACGUCAAAAUUCUUGAGACAUGAUACGUCCUUUUUUCAGAGAGCACAAGGAAAGUCGAUCGGAGGAAAAGAUAGCGAGGACACAAAGGAGAGUGAGGACGACGGAGGUGAAAUCACUGAAUCAGACGUACUAGCAAGGUCCGAGGGCGAGGACACUGAGCCUGAAGUAGAAGGCUCCAAAACAUUAGUUAUACACCCGGGAUCAAAAAAUCUAAAGAUCGGUCGCGCUUCCGAUGCCAUUCCCUACGCCAUCGUGCCACAUGUUAUCGCGAGAAAAAUGAGAAGCGUUAAAGUGACCGACGGGUCGAACGAGUCGGAAAAGCCCAACAACGAAGCAGGCGGAGAUCAAAAUGCUGCUGACAAUAUACACAGACAUAAAGACGAGAUGAAUACAAAAGGAGAGGAGCAUAACAAGAAAACACAUCGUGACCGGUAUGCUGAUGAUUAUGAGCACAAAGGGUCUUCUGAUGGUAGUCGAUCUGAUUCUUCUCGCGAGUCAGACCUUACUGAAGAUAUCAUGGAUGAAGAAGAGGAGCAAUCCGAACAAAUAGUUGAAGAGUUAAAGAAAGAACUAAAAGAGAGGAUGAAGGCAGCCAAGCGUCGUCCUGUGGCUAAUGCAUCGUCACAAGUGACCUCAUUUAAUAGGAGCAUACAAUCAGAGAUUAUACUUGAUCAUAACGACCCAUAUAAAGUAGAGUGGACUGCUGUUGACGAAGAUGUUGACUUUUAUAUUGGUGAGAAGGCAUUGAGGUUACCGACUACUGUUACUUCUUAUAAAGUGCGAUAUCCUAUUCAAUACGGAGAAUUUAACACCAGAGAUUAUGAUUCCAUCAAGUCGGUUGUUGGUGAUCUGGAAACAAUAUGGACGGAAGUGAUUGAGCAGAAUCUCCAUAUCACCAGAAAAGAAUUUCGACAUUAUUCCGUGAUAUUGGUUAUUCCAGAUAUAUAUAACCGUGUGGUGGUAACGGAAAUGAUGAACAUGCUAUUACGAUAUAUGGGUUUUCGACGUGCUUUUGUCCAACAAGAGUCUGUCUGUGUUACCUUUGGAGCAGGGAUGUCUUUAGCAUGUGUGGUUGACAUUGGAGCACAGAGAACUAGUGUCUCGUGCGUUGAAGACGGCAUGAUUAUACCAGACUCACGGAUUGCGCUAAAUUAUGCGGGCGAUGAUAUUACAAGAUUUUUUGUGCAAUUAUUGAAAAAAAGCAAGUUUCCGUAUAGAGGUAUAGAUCUAAACAGAUCGUUCGACUGGCUACUGGCAGAGGAUAUGAAACAGAAAUUUUGUUCGUUGAACGAGGCAAAUCUAAUUGUACAACUAUAUGACUUUUUUGUACGAGCACCAAACGAGUCAACCAGAAAAUAUCAACUCAAGACGUACGACGAAACUAUAGUAGCUCCAAUGAUUUUAUUUUAUCCAUCCGUGAUCAACUUUAAACAAAAGUUGUCCGAAUUCCCUCCGAAAUUCGCCAAAAAUAUAUUUGAUGACAUCACAGACGGAUCUGGAACAAAUUCAUUGGUGAUACCGGCACAUCUCUUCAACAAGCAAAAACCAUCCCCGAUACAGAAUUCAUCUCAGCUUAAAUCGGCCUAUCAUUCCCCUUCGCCUCAAACUCGUGACAGCCCACUACCUUCAACUCCGGUCCGUGUUGAAUCUGCAUCAACUGACCCUGCAUCUCCUUCAGUAUCCUCCGCUACUAAAACAAAUAAUAAUGCAGUUGCAGUAGACCCAACAAGCACACUGCCUUUAGAUGAGGCCAUAGCUCAAAGCAUUCAGGCGACUAUGACAGAUGAUAGAAUGAAGAGGUUCUAUACUAGUAUUAUUAUCGUUGGUGGUGGGGCACUAUUGCCGGGGAUUAAUCAGAUGUUGGAGGAAAGAUUGGUGCCGCGAGCAGCUUCGACCACAGAAAAGUUGGAAAUCCUUUCUCCGCCACGCGAGCUAAAUCCAAGUUUAAUGGCAUGGAAAGGUGCAUCCGUCACCGCUAAAUUGGACCUUACAAAGGAGUUAUGGAUAUAUCAAAAAGAAUGGGCAGAACUGGGGGAAGCCUGCAAAGAGCGGGAGGCUCAAGAAGAGCAAGAGGUCCGACAAGAGCAAGACUUUUGCAACCGGAUUGAAGAGGUAGAGUCAGACUACGACUACGACAACAGUGCUUUGCAAGCGCCGGAUAGUCCUGAAAUCCCCUCAGUCUCCGCUUGUGUUGAAUGCGAUACUACAGAAACUACUACGUCCGACGAGGCGAGAAUACCACAUUUGCAGUUUACCGUGCCAGAGCCGUUUAAAUUCCAUAAAACACGAACUCAUUGUAAACAAAGCAUUGAACAGAAAUCUCCGUACGUGCCACUCGCCACGCGAAUUAGAGAGUUGGUAGAAAAGACACCCGAGAGAUUCAAGUCGCACGUUGUAUCAAAGCAAUCACACUAUGUCCAUCAAAUCCCACUAACACGACCCAAACCAUUUACACUACAAACGGCCAUCCGAGGGGAACACUACAAGGAUCUUUUCCAACAACGAAUUGACCAACUUAGACAGCGCGAGAAGGAAAAUCAAUUUCGAGCAACACCACUUCCUAACCUCGAUCCAGACAUUCCAAAAAAGCCAGAAUUACGGCCACCAACAGAACCUGUGGACUUUUACUUUUUAACUGAAGAACGAAUCAAGCAUCAUAGGUUCUUGGAGCAAGAAAGGAAACAACGUGAUGAGGACUAUGAUAACUUGAGACUGAAAAGGCUGAAGGAAGAAGAGAGACGAAAAGAAAGGGACCUUCGCCGAUUACGUAAGGAACGUGUCUUGCGCGCUCGUCCUAUCAUGAAAUACCGCCCAAUCAUCAUUAUUCCAUCGAAGAAAAAGUUAACAAAAGCCAAGUCUCCAAUGAUUGGGGAGAAGAGGAAGCGUCACAUGCAGUAUCUUCAAGAAUCAGCGCUGAAUUCAAUAAACGGGAAAUUCAAGACGGUUACUUAUGGGUCAGCUGUAAAAUUGACGCACAGCAUAUCAGAGUAUAAACUGCACUCGCACGGUGUAAAUUAUGGCAGUGGAUCGGGCCAGCAAAGCGUAACUGGGUUCCCCGAGGCAGAUGAUCCAAGCUCUCUGUGGAUAGUUAAACCAGCCGACGACGUGACAGGCUUUCAAAGAGGCCAACCUGUAAAAUGUAAUUCAUUGAUACGUCUUCAACAUAUCGAUACCAAAAAGUUUCUGCAUAGUCAUAGUCACAAGUCGCCCAUUUCAGCGCAGCAAGAAGUCAGCGCAUUUGAUGGAAAUGAUUCAGGGGAUAAUUGGAAGCUUGUCUGUCAGAAAUCGUCUUCUGUCUGGCUUCGAGAAGGAAAGGUGCAAUUGAUGCACCAGGAUACAAAAACUUAUUUAACGGCAAACAAAGACCACAUGUAUAGCAACCCGAUUCAUGGACAGAUUGAAGUUGCAGCAUCAAAGUCGGGUGAUAGAAAUACAAUGUGGAUAGCACAAGAAGGCAUCUAUUUUCAAGACGUGACGGUUUAA